AUGACCAAAACUGAAGCUCUCGAUUAUGCUAUCGAAACAAUUCCACAGAUUUUGCCAUUAGAGAAACAAGAUGUGGUCGACCUAUGUAAUCAAAUCAUUACAACAAAUGAGACACCAGACUCAAUUGCACAAGGAUUCAUGAAUAUACUUGGUCAGGAGGAGAUGGUAUUUGAUUUUGUUUUUAAAUUCAAUGAGUUAUUAGGGCAAGGAGGUAGUAACAAUAUUCAUAAUGAUUAUAAGAAGGAAGACAGAGCAACGGGAACAACGACAAAAACUACCCCUACAACCCAAAAUGAUGGACCUCCACCUCUUAUUAAAGUACCACCAAAACCAACUAAUAAUAGAAAUGUAGUUGUUUCAAAAAUAGCUACACCAAGUAAGGAAUCUACUGUCACUUCCAAAAGCCCCCAUAAUAGCUCUUCUGGAAAGAAGUUGGGAAAACAAAAGAAACUUCAAUCUUUAGAUGAAAUUAAUGAAGCCGUUAAACUACUGGACUUAAAUGAUAAGAAAACCAAUUCCAAAGAGUAUGCAUGUUCUUGUCAGGGCAGAAUACAUCCGUUAUUUGAACUUGCACCUAAUUGUCUUUCUUGUGGUAAACUAAUAUGUGUAAAGGAGGGGUUAAAUUUAAAUAACUGCAGUUUUUGUGGGACUGAAUUAAUUCCUUUUAAAGAGAGGUAUGAAUUGAUACAAGAACUUAAUAAAGAGAAAGAUGACAUUAUGUCUGGUAAAUCAGACCAGGUUGAAAAGGAUACAACUGCAACUAAACGUAAGCCAACCAAAACAUACAAGAUAUCUUCAGGAAUGGGUAAGAAUUUAUUCAAGGAACAAGAUAAACUAUUUGACUUCAUAGAGAGACAACAUGAAAGAGAACGGAAAAGAGACGAAAUAAUGAAAAAACUAGAUGAUGCUCCAAAGGAAGUAAUCCCACUACAGAAGGAAGUUGUUGACGAGGAAUUGGAAAAGGCUCAAAAUAGACUAGAAAAUUUACUUCAUUUUCAGGAUACAUCAGCUGAGAGAACGAAAAUUAUUGACAAUGCAAGUGACUUUGAUAUGUCUGGGGAUACCGGUAUGUGGGGAAACUCCAAGGAAAGGGCAAUGAUUUUGAAGAAACAACAGAGAAAUCUUCGAAAAUGGGAAAAAAUGGAAAAAGAGAGACACGGUAAGAGUGAUAAAUAUGUUGUAAGCAUGAAUAUUGGCGCUAAUGGUAAAGUUACAAUGACUGAGCUAAAAAAAGAUCAUGGCAACGUAUAUGCUGAUUCUGAUGAGGAUCCUGAUGAUAUCAGUGAUGCUGAAGAUAGAGCUGAUUUACACCAAAUUAAUUCAAGCAAACAGCAGCUCCAACAAGAGAAGGAUGUCGAUAGUCUAGUUCUUCAAUCAAAUGUAUGGGAUUACGAAAAGGAUAAGAAACAAUUCAAAAGAGCCAUGUAUAUCGACAGGAAUCCAGAAGAAGACGAAACAACUGAAACCGAUAAUUUUCAACUAAGUAGUCGACUAGGUAAGGAACCAAGGGUACAAAUUGCCUCCAACAAUGAGACUGCCCUUGAAGAUAAUAUCCUUGCAGUACUAUAG